UUAUAUUAUUGAAUGCCUUUAAAAAAGGAAGGUUUCUAGUCUCUAGGUGAGUUUUUGAGUUUCUCUUUAUCCACAAACGAUUAAGCAAGUCCUGAUCAAAUCAAAACAGCACUUUUCUUUGUGAGACAAAUAGUUUCAGUCCUUCUAGGAUUAGCGGCAGGAUUUUUACAUUUACAAGGCAUAUUGACAAUUUUGGGAUUUUUGUUUUUGUCGAUGGGUUUUUCAUACUAUUAUGUUUUCAAAUACAAAUAAGUACUAUCUGCAAAAUGAUUGAUUAGGUCGAUGAAGAUAAAAUAGAGAAUACAGAAAUAUACACAGAGGGAUUAGGAGCUUCAGUGGGUGAAUUUUUAUUAACUUGGACCCUAAUUCAUACAGUGGCUUGAAUAUUAUGAAGUGUUUUACAUAUAAAAUU